AUAGCAGAAGCAAGAAUGGUGAGAGCACCUUGCUGCGAGAAGGUGGGAUUGAAGAAAGGAAGAUGGACGGCUGAAGAGGAUCAGAUAUUGACACAGUACAUCCAACAACAUGGUGAAGGAUCCUGGAGGAACUUGCCCAAGAAUGCCGGAUUGCUGAGGUGUGGGAAGAGUUGCAGACUGAGAUGGAUAAACUACUUGAGGGCAGACGUGAAGAGAGGAAACAUCACUCCUGAGGAAGAAGAAAUCAUCGUCAAGCUGCAUGCUGCUCUCGGAAACAGGUGGUCUGUGAUAGCAGGACAUUUACCAGGACGAACAGAUAAUGAGAUAAAGAAUUAUUGGAACUCUCAUUUAAGGAGAAAAAUCUACUGCUUUAUCAAAACCCUGAACCAAUCCCUGCCCUCCACCCACUUGCCGUCUAUAAACGAUAUUGCUGCUUCCUCCAAACGAAGAGGAGGACGGGUCAGGCCCACUCAACCCACCAUCAAGCCCAACAACCCGACUCCUUCGGCCCAAAAUUCCCACUCACACAGUAGCGCAUGCAAGGUAUUUGAAAAAAUUGAUGAUAAUCUCGAGACCAUGGGACCAUAUCAGUGGCUAGACGAUGAGAUAAAGAAGCUCAGUUUUAUGUUAGAAAAUGGGGUGUUUAUGAACCCAAGGGAGAAUUAUGCGGAACCAGAAAAUGAAUUAGUGCUAAGCAGAAAUAAUGACAUGGUGGGUGGAGAUUUGUAUGAACUCGUGGGAAAGCAAAUAAUGGGAGCAAGUGAUGAGGAUGUUAUGAGCAGAAACAGUAACGCUAAUUCGUCAGAGAUUUCUGUCUAUGAUUAUCAGUGGCUUGAUUGGGAUUACAAUCAACGAGAUUUUUGUGAAGAGAACCUGAAUGCGAAUUGUUUGUGGGGUGAUGGCACUGGUGGAGAAUUUGGGGGGCGUUUGUGUUCAUAUAAUUAA